GUCUCAAUCUAUCCCAUCAUCUUCUUUAUACCUCUUCUCUCUCUUGAGCCUUCCUCUCCGCCUUUCCUCUUCCCCCCUCGCCCAACUCACAGUUCCUAGUUUUAUAGUAUAGGUAUGUAUUGCAGUCUGUAAUCCCCUUCUACGAUGCCCUCUUAUUCAUAUCCACUCUCAAGUGUCUGGUUUUGUCAUCGCUUGUGUCCAUUUCCCCACUACCAACCCCGUUGCUAGCCCUGUACAGCCGUACUCCAUACACUUCAUUUUGCGACCCUGCAUACUUACUCUGACGCCCUUCUUUUGCUGUGACCUGCCAACUAAUCCAUCUAUCUAAGCGAAUCGGAAGUUUGAUCUCGCGCAUUGGACCAAGUCGCAACUACCGAUCAUUCUCGACUGCCGAUCUGCAAGCCGAAAUAUAGGUUUUAUAGAUCCAUUCACAUAUUAUGGCCGCUCGUCACUCUCGCAAGUUUCUGAGACCUCUGCUCUACACAUCUGCUGCGGCAGCAACAGGAGCUGGUGUCCUCUACAUCUCAUAUCGCCCUCGCAAUAUUCCUGGCUCGGAAGCGCCCGCCGUACCACCGCCUGGCUACCAUGAAGGGAAGCUUGUCCCUCCCAGCUUCCCUGCGAUAAAAUCGCGGCUAGAGCAGAUUGAAGACCUCAAACGGAGUUCUUCUGGCAACGAUGAUGAAUACGACCUUCUCGUUAUCGGCGGCGGCGCUACCGGCUCGGGAAUAGCGCUUGACGCCGCAACUCGAGGUCUGAAAGUAGCUGUUGUGGAAAGAGAUGACUUUAGCGCCGGCACUAGCAGCAAGAGUACAAAACUUGUACACGGCGGGGUUCGAUAUCUCGAGAAGGCUGUGUGGGAGCUGGAUUAUAAUCAAUAUAAACUUGUGAAGGAGGCAUUGAGAGAGCGCAAAUACUUUUUGAAUACAGCGCCCCAUCUCUCCAGUUGGCUUCCUAUCAUGGUGCCAGUGCAAAAAUGGUGGCAAGCGCCUUACUUCUGGGCCGGUACAAAGGCCUAUGACUGGUUGGCCGGCUCCGAAGGGAUAGAGAGCUCAUAUUUUCUCACCAAGAGCAAAGCCAUUGAUGCGUUCCCCAUGUUGAGAAGGGACAACCUCGUCGGUGCGAUGGUUUACUAUGAUGGAGCGCACAAUGAUUCUCGGAUGAACGUGUCUCUAGCAAUGACUGCAGCUUUGUACGGAAGCACAGUCGUCAACCACAUGCAGGUUACCGGCUUAACCAAAGAUGAAUCAGGAAAGUUGAAUGGGGCCCGCGUGAAGGACUUGAUUCCGGGAAAGAAUGGUCAAGAGGCAGAGGAAUUCACGGUCAGAGCUAAGGGGAUUAUCAACGCCACUGGUCCAUUCACUGAUUCAAUCCGGAAAAUGGACGAGCCCGAUGUCAAAGAGAUUGUAGCUCCCAGUGCUGGCGUUCACGUCAUCCUUCCGGGUUACUACAGCCCCUCGAAAAUGGGCCUCAUUGAUCCGUCUACUUCCGAUGGACGCGUCAUCUUCUUUCUUCCGUGGCAGGGCAACACUAUAGCCGGUACGACAGAUCAGCCGACGGAGAUCACGACCCAGCCCGAACCUUCUGAGAAGGACAUCAACUGGAUUCUCUCUGAAGUUCGCGGCUACUUGGCCCCAGAUAUUAAUGUCGAACGAAGUGAUGUGCUUGCUGCUUGGUCCGGAAUCCGCCCGCUGGUCCGUGACCCUAAAGUCAAGAGCUCCGAAGCCUUGGUUCGCAACCAUCUAAUCUCCGUUUCUCCAUCUGGGUUGUUGACUUGCGCUGGCGGCAAAUGGACCACGUACCGUCAAAUGGCCGAGGAAGCCGUGGACGAGGCGAUCAAGGUUUUCGGCCUGAAGCCACGGGCGGUUUCUCAGGUUCCAGACAUCAGUGGUGUUGGUGGAAGUGGUUUGGUCUCCGAUGGUGCCGUACUUGAUGGUAGCUGCCAGACCCACCAAGUCCGCUUGAUUGGAGCCCAUGGAUACUCCAAGACUCUCUUUAUCAACCUCAUUCAGCACUUCGGCCUCGAGACUGACGUGGCCAAGCAUCUGACUGAAUCUUAUGGCGACCGCGCAUGGCAGGUUGCAGCUCUGUCUGCUCCCACAGAUGCUCGCUUCCCCCUCCGGGGCCGACGUAUCUCGCCGUUGUAUCCGUUCAUUGACGGUGAAGUUCGCUAUGCCGUCCGCCACGAAUAUGCUCAAACUGCAGUUGAUGUCAUUGCGCGCAGAACCCGGUUGGCUUUCCUCAACGCUGAAGCGGCACUUGAAGCUCUUCCCGGAAUCAUCGACUUGAUGGGCGCUGAACUCAACUGGGACGACAAGCGAAAGGACGUCGAAUGGAAGGACUCGGUUUCGUUCCUUUCGUCAAUGGGGCUUCCCAAGUCUCUUUUGGGAAUGUCCAGAUCGGAGGUCGAGGCAGGCAGGGUGAAGGAAUUGGACCUUGUGGAGCGGAAAUCGUCGAGAACCGAGCCACCAGCAGACAUGCUCAACGGUGAUAAGAGCAAGGAUAGCUCAAAAUCGUCUGAUCCGUUGAUCAGCCCUGAGUCCCCGGCCAAUAAAUAGACAUGAUAAUGAUAUAUAGAGAGCGCGAUUUUGUAAUAUAUGCCAAAAAUGUCCCAUUUUUCAAUGUGCCUAUAGAUCCUUGAUACUUUUGCUCUUUGUCAUGUUGAUACGGUCCAUUUUUCUCUGUGCUUCAACAGGAUCACCACGUGUGUCAUUGCUGCAGCCAGUGCGCUGGAAAUGUAAUACGGAAGUAUACCUUACUUUCGUCAACCAGCUACUAUGAGUAG